CCCGAUGGAUCUCUCCGAAUUAUUGGUGGGAUGGUUCUAACGAUUGCUCUCUUUGUCCUAGCUGGCCUCUACAUGCCACCAGCCUUCCUGCCUGCAAACAACCUUUGGCCUUUGGCCUUCAGGGUAUUAUCCCAUUUUCGCCCAGUUUAUAAGUGCUCUAACAUUUCCCUCUCCAUUCAGUGUCUUGCAGAAUGCCUUACAACUGGCGCGAAUCAGAGCUAUACAAACAUGUUGAGGCAGCACAAGCAGGGCAGGCGCAAGCGACCACCGAUGAUGGUCAGCCGACUUCUCAGCCUCAGCAAAACGACCUGCCUUCUGCUCUAGUGGAUUCAUACGAUAAUUCUGUAUCCGCUGAUACUCAGCAUCAAAUUACGGAUUGGGGGCAUUCGAUCAGCAAUGAUCAAGCGCUUUCUUCUGCUGGUCAACGUGGUCCGGGCCUAUCCCAAAUUGAUUUGCCCAAAGUUCAUAGUGCUGUUGGACAGCCUUUGCACAACAGUUGUCCCAGCGAUCCCCACCAUGCUCCUUCCUACUAUCCGUCUGCCAAUGAUGCGAGCUUUUCUGGCACAACACCACAGUCGCAAUCCCGAUGCUUGUGGGAUCGUGGCCAGUGCAGCUUUACUGCAGAUACCGUUAAAAGCGUGAUAGAGCAUAUUGCGUCAGACCAUCUCCCGAAGCAUGUGCUGCCCGCCCGCAAGGUGAAAUCAGACCAUCCCCCGAGGCAUGUGCUGCCCGUCCGCAGGGUCAAAUGUCAAGUUUGCUCACCCCCAAAGACCUUCAGGAGAGACACGAUCCUCAGGCACAUCCGGGAAGUCCACUACGGAGAUUCUCGCUGCAAACACUCUCUUGAUGAUUCGGCGCUCUAGGAGCCCCUCGUUAAGUGUGUAGAGCGCUCCAACCGAUUUUACGCAUUCAUAACCGUGGUCCACUACUAUACUCUCUGUCUAGUGAUCACCC